AUGGGAAUUGAGAUUGUAGGUCAAAUCGAGAAAAUCAAUGGUAAAGAGUUGAGUUACGGUGAUUUUGCAGAGAGAUACUUGGCGAAGAACCAGCCGGUUGUAAUCUCCGAUCUCACUGACGAUUGGCGAGCUCGUGAAGAUUGGGUCAGUGAGAAUGGACUCCCUAAUCUCCACUUCUUUGCCACCCACUUCGGAAAAUCCAGAGUUCAGGUUGCAGAUUGUGAUACAAGAGAAUAUACAGAUCAGAAAAGCUUAGAAAUGUCUGUUACCGAAUUUGUCGAGCAAUGGACCGAAGAUUCUAUUGAGGACAAUGGGAAAAAUAUUGAUAAUGGAAAGUCUGUUUUGUAUCUGAAAGACUGGCAUUUUGUCAAGGAGUAUCCAGACUAUACAGCUUACAAAACACCACCGCUUUUUUCGGAUGAUUGGCUUAAUACCUAUCUAGACAAUUACCAAAUGCAUGAGGAUAGAGAAAAUUUCCAAAAGUACGAUCCAAUAAGCUGCUCUGAUUACCGCUUUGUUUAUAUGGGUGGAAAAGGAUCUUGGACGCCUCUACACGCUGAUGUAUUUAGAUCGUAUAGUUGGUCAGCUAACGUUUGUGGUAAAAAAAGAUGGCUUUUUCUUCCUCCUUCACAAAGUCAUCUUGUUUAUGACAGGUACAUGAAUAAUUGUGUUUACAACAUCUUUGAAGAGGUGAAUGAAACUAAAUUCCCUGGUUUUAAGGAGACCACCUGGCGUGAGUGCAUUCAAGAACCCGGUGAUGUUAUUUUUGUUCCCAGUGGGUGGCAUCAUCAAGUAUAUAACUUGGAAGACACCAUAUCUAUAAACCACAAUUGGCUUAACGCAUACAAUCUAUCUUGGGUGUGGGAUCUACUGUGGAAGGACUACAAGGAUACUGAAGAGUCAAUUGAAGACAUAAGAGACAUCUCUGAUGAUUUUGAAGCUCUUUGUCAACGUAAUCUUGCUGCUAACACAGGAAUGAAUUUGAAUGACUUCUUCAUCUUCAUGUCACGGUUUUCUUUGGGCAAUAUGGUUCUACUGCAUUCUUACGCUGAGAAACAAGAAACCUUGAAUCCAUGUUCAUCAGCAAUGGCACAGAAUCUGUUAUUGAAUCUCUCGACUAUACGUAAAAUCAUGAUGAUGACGAUGAUAUCUGCAGGCGGCGUAACUGCAGAAGAAGUGUAUCUGGACUUGAGAGAAACAGUGGAGGAUCCACAGUUUCACAGAUUGUGCAGAGACAUGGGAAGAACAUAUGCAAUGAUUCACAAGGAAGAAGAAAAUCAGAUUUUCAUUUCAAAAGAGUUAUUACAAAAGAUCAUCACAGAGUUGAGUUACGGCGAUUUUGCGGAGAGAUACUUGGCCAAGAACCAGCCGGUGGUAAUCUCCGAUCUCACUGAAGAUUGGCGAGCUCGUGAAGACUGGUUCGGUGAGAAUGGACUCCCUAAUCUCCACUUCUUUGCCACUCACUUCGGAAAAUCCAGAGUUCAGGUUUCAGAUUGUGAUACAAGAGAAUAUACAGAUCAGAAAAGAUUAGAGAUGUCUGUUACCGAAUUUGUCGAGCAAUGGACCGAAGAUUCUAUUGAGGAUAAUGGAAAAAAAAUCCAAAUUCCAACAACAAUGGCGAUCUACGAACAAGAGUUUGCCACGACCGUGGCGGUUGCAACAAAGAAGAGAACGUUCAAGAAAUUCUCAUUCAGAGGAUUCAACGUUGAAGCUCUUCUCAAUAUGUCCAACUUUGAUCUUGCUAAGCUUUUCAACGCUCGUGUUCGAAGAAGAUUCUAUAGAGGAUUAAAGAAGAAACCUUUGGUUCUGAUCAAGAAACUACGAAAGGCGAAAAAAGAAGCAAGUCUUGAGAACAAGAAGAAGCCUGAAGCAGUGAAAACACAUCUAAGGAACAUGAUUAUUGUUCCCGAGAUGAUUGGAAAUGUUGUUGGAGUUCAUAACGACCACGUAUAUGUGGUUGUGGUUGUUACCGUCGGUCCACUAGGUUUAUUCCUCUAA